AUGCAUUCUCGGUCUGUGCUAGCCCUGGGUCUGCUCCUGCUGUUGAGCCUCGACGGAGAGGUGGCCCUGGCGGCGGAAGACGGCCAGUUCGCCUACCAAGGUUUCGUCACCGCGAACCUCACGCUGGAUGGCCUCGCCACCGUCAUGCCCAACGGCCUCCUGUUGCUCACCGAUCCGGUCACGGAGUACAAGACAACAGGCCAUGCCUUCCACCCUGCACCACUCCGCUUCCUCAAAAGUUCCACCACGACGACGACGACGACGAACAGCACCGCCAUGGCGCGGUCCUUCUCCGCGACCUUCGUGUUUGCCAUUUCGUUCAGGUACGAUGGCCUGACCAGCUAUGGGCUUGCGUUCGUGGUCGCGCCGACCUCGAACCUCUCAGCAGCAAACGGCGGGCGGUACCUGGGCCUCCUCAACGCGACAAACGGCACGGCGAGCGACCGGAUCUUGGCGGUCGAGCUCGACACCAUCAUGGACGCUGCGUUUCGCGACAUCAACAGCAACCACGUCGGCAUCAACAUCAACAGCCUCAUCUCACGGCAAGCCAAGCCGGCUGGGUACUACAGCGACGAGAACGGCGUCUUUCAAGACCUGAGGCUAAACAGCCGCCAACCGAUGCAGGUGUGGGUGGACUACAACGCCCAGGCCAGGCGAUUAAACGUGACAUUAUCACCCAUCCAGGUACGAAAGCCUAGAAAUCCUCUGCUCUCCGAGGUCAUCGAUCUCUCCGCGGUCACGACGGACAAGAUGUACGUCGGCUUCUCGGCUUCUGCAGGUCUCAGCAUAGGCACGCGCCACUACGUCCUUGGAUGGAGCUUCAGCUUGGACGGACCUGCCCCGCCGCUAGACUUCUCCAAGCUUCCCUCCUUGCCACGCCUGGGACCCAAGCCUCGGCCCAAGAUAUUGGAUGCCGUGCUGCCACUAGUCACCACAUCCCUUGUGAUUGUAGUGCUAGCUGCCGUCUUCUUCUUCUUGUGGCAUAGGCGUCGAUUCACUGAGGUGCGAGAGUAUUGGGAGGAAGAGUUCGGCCCAUAUCGGUUCACAUACAAGGAUUUAUUUCACGCCACGGAGGGGUUCUCUGAUAGGAAUUUGCUUGGCGUAGGAGGAUUCGGAAGAGUGUAUAGGGGAGUUCUUUCUGUGUCCAAUUUAGAGGUUGCCGUGAAGAGAGUGUCACAUGAUUCGAAACAAGGAGUAAGGGAGUUCAUUGCGGAGGUGGUGAGCAUUGGCCGUCUCCGCCACUGA